AUGGCUUCACCCGCCGUCGCGCUCGGCACGACUCAUUCCGUCGCGCUCGGCGCGCUUCACUCCGCCGCCGCGGAUGCCGCGCGAAUCCCCCACCUCUCCGCGCUUGUCCCCGCCUCCGCAUUUCCGUCCCCCGCGCCAUUGAGAAUCCGCCAUCGCGCCAGUCACUCCCGCCGCACCCGCGUGUCCGCAUCGCUCUUCGGCUCCUCUUCCCCCUCCGCCUCCUCCGCCUCCCAGGCAACCGCGGCGGCGGAAACGGCGGGGAAGACGGUGUGGGUCCAGAAGACAAUCGAGCUGCCGCCCUACAAACGAGGCUGCCACAUCAUCACGUCGCAGAUCAUGCGGGCCGUGCCAGAGAUCGCCGAGUUCCGGGUCGGCAUCGCAAAUAUCUUCGUGCUGCACACGUCAGCCAGCCUCACCAUCAACGAGAACGCCAGCCCAGACGUGCCUCUGGACAUGGAAGACGCUCUCAACCGCAUUGCACCGGAGGGCAACCAUUACCGCCACUUGGACGAGGGCUACGACGACAUGCCGGCCCACGUCAAGUCCUCGCUAAUGGGCUGUUCCCUCACCGUCCCCAUCAUGGCUGGUCGCUUCAAGCUCGGCACAUGGCAGGGCAUAUAUCUGAAUGAGCACCGUAACUACGGGGGCGCAAGGCAGCUGUGCAUUACCAUUCAGGGGGAAAAGCGCGCCGAUGGGCGGGUCUAUAGAUGA